AUGAGCGCAAGCGCCCUCGAUGCGGAGCAACAGCUCCGCUUGGCACUCUUGGAUCUAAUGCCAGCCCCGCACGAUCCACACAAUGCCUCCAAUGCAAGUGGUCUGCGGAUACCUCACCUAAUACCCGUCUACGAGGAUGAACCAUAUCCUGAUUCCGGACCUGCGGAACAACCCCCGGGAAGACCACUACAGCACCAACUCCGAAGCACGCCGGUAGCGCAAUCAGAUGCGGCAUUAAAGACUGUCGAACAAUCGCAUCGAGAUCGAGUCUCGUUCUUAGAGUCAGAGGGCAACCGAGUCAACCCAUCAGAACUACCAUCACAGUCCCUACCAUCGCGCGAUCCGGGCUUAGAACGUGAAGAGCAAAGUGAACUACCGUCGUCCAGCCAUGCCAGCUCACAUUAUACGUUGAUACGUGCGGCAGAGAGGCUUGAGAAGCUGGCACGGUCGUUCAGACGACAGGCGGCAACCGCGGUGGAUGCGGCGCGCGAUCAGCAUAGUCGGGUAGUACAGCCGCGAGGUUCAGUGUCGAAACAGAAGCCCGUGCGGCAUCGAGCAGCGAGUCACGAAGUAUUGAACAUCCCACGGUUAUCUGAUGGGCGCCAUGUUGCCGCCUCUUCAAUGUCAGCCGGCGCAGAUCCGGUGCAACGCAUCAAGAGUCCAACAGUAAACCUUGAUGGGUUAUAUACAAAGUUUCUGGAUUUGUACCUACCGAGGAAUCCGAAAGGCAAUACAGCCACGGCUGUUCUCUCUUUACUUCUCGAGACACCCAAUGUCCUACCGUCGCCGGUGCCUGCCCUCGAAGAAGCAGUUCGCACACUGGUGUUGGUCUCGCUAGGCGGUGCGACUGGAGAUCAUGCUCUCCUUCAACAAGGCGUCAAGCAUUAUGGCAAAUCGUUAUCAAGUCUCCGCAAAUCAAUCGCGAAUCCGCAAGUCACACACUACGAGCACACCUUUGUUGCCAUUAUGAUCUUGCUCAUGUGCUCGCACCACACGAAGAUCCGGACUGUCGACAACGGCUGGGUGCAACAUAUACAAAGCUGGGCACUCUGGCACUCUCGUUGGCUCGACAUGCUUCUCUCAGCUACUCUACUGACACGAAAGGCGUCCUGUUUCGCCAAGACCACGGAGUAUGAGCCUACAGCGAAUGACUUCCGGCUCAAUUGGUCGGUCUUGCUCUUCAACACGUCGCUGCAGAUCCCAGCCUUACUCGAGCGGCACGAUGCCAUCAUGCUUUCAAAUAUAGCAGAUCUGAACCGCGUAGAGGCCUUGGAUUCAGCUUGCUCCGGCGCAGAGCUUCGAUUGCGAUCCUGGUUCAAUGAGUGGACUGCCAUCCAAACUACCCUUGGCAACGUCCUAUUCAAAGAGCAAAGCAUCGAACGUUUUACCCCUUUCAGCACAUUGUGCAAGAACCGGACCUUCACAUCUGCGUACUGGUUCCAGGAUUUCUCAUACGCCUUCCAUGCCGUCUGGUACUGUAUCUCAAUGCACUACGUCCUUCAAACUCGACUCUCACUGGAAGCUCUUCGGCAGGAACUGACAAAGAAUCGAGCCGAUCCAAAGAUUGACCGCGCAGCAUACCGUUCCGAAGCGUUUCAGAUUGCGCGAGACAUUUGCAUGUGCAUUCCUUUUCUUUGCCAAGAACAGUGUGGUAUGAGUGGCUAUAUCGCCAUGCUCUUACCUCUUCGCGUUGUGACUGUUUAUUUUCUGGGACAGGGUUCUAGCGAUUGUCUUCAAUGGACGGACGAGCUCAUGGCUGACUUCCCAUGGCAGAAGUUCGCAAAACUGUGUUUGUCAAAGGCGUCUCGCCGCCUAAUGCGACGUACCAGCGUCGCUCAGAAUUAUCGAGUACCCGCUCUCGAGACGAAAGCAGACUUGGCCGCCUGGCACAUCAACCAUUCAAACCCCAACGGCUCGAAGAUUGACGACCCCGAAGUCGCCAUCAAUGUGCCGGCCGAGUUUUCGAGCACCGAUGAAACGUUCGUAACGACAAAGAACGCCUAA